UUCUUUCCCCGUCCUCCCUCUCUCUCUCUGUGUGUAUGUGUGCGAUGACUUACACAAAUAAAAUUUCUUAACUGAGUGAGACGUAGAGAGGAUUAACUGGAAAUCUGCAAUGAGGUCAGGCUGGUGGAGUGCAGUGCCGUUUGCAGGCAUGGUGGUGGUGGAAUUCAUAACAGUAAUCCUAAUCAUGCUUUGCAAAGCAGCCAUGCUAAGGGGGAUGAGUAAUUUCAUCUUCAUCAUGUAUUCCUCUGCUCUCUGCACACUCUUCCUCCUCCCUUUUUUCUUCUUCCACAGAGCCACACUUCCUCCGGUCACCUUCUCCCAUCUCUGUAAACUGUUUCUUCUUGGCCUAAUUGGUAUCCUUGUGCAGAUCUUCUCAUAUACUGGUCUCAACUACAGCUCUCCCAUGCUUAACUCUGCUAUGAGCAAUGUUUUGCCAGCUUUUACCUUCAUACUUGCCAUCAUUUUCAGUGUGAUUGGAUCAAUUAUAAUAGCUCUGGGGUUCUAUGCUGUGAUCUGGGGAAAGGCCCAAGAAGAGGAAUUGGUAGACAGCGGAGCCAGUGCCCCUCUUUUGCAAGGUAACAACAAGCUGGAAGAAACGUAGAGGAUAAGUCUGUAAGGUCCUGCAGACAGGAAAGUCUAUGCACUGUUUAAUGUCAGGUAUCAUCUGGUGCUCCAACAUCAUAAAUAUGACCAUGACCUUCAGGGUUUAUUGAGAAAAGUUUGAAACAUAAUGAGAAUAUGAGACAUGGGUUCACCAACUACACCUACAAGCAAUUAUCUUGUAUAUGUUCUCAAUAGUUGAUUUCUAUGGAUACCACCUGUAUUCCAAAGAAUCAAACAAAGUUGUGGUAACGCUACAACACCC